AUGGCGUCCAAGGAGGUAUCUCUUCCACCCGGACCAGAACGUCAGCGAGUCCUAAAUGUCCUCGCUCAGCGGAGAUACCGGCAACGGAAGCGAGAACGGCUGCAGUCUCUGGAGAAAAGACUCCGGGCUAGUGGCACGGAUGCGACACGCGAGCAGCAGCAACUUCAGGCUCCAGAAGUGCCUCCGCUUCCUGGUUCAUGCAUGGCUAGCGAGCCAAGCGACCGUCUUUAUGAUCGACAUCAAGGAGCCGAAACCACGAUUUUGUAUGCUCAGUGCAUGGACCAAGCACCCUAUGAGAGGUUAUGCACGACGUUUGAAGAGCCGGCUGGGGUCCAGAUUGGAGUCGAAACUUUUCAAUAUUGUGAUGAUGCUGUUCAAAGUUUGACGUCAAUUUCCGACGCUCAGUUGUCAGCAGAACUCCAACAUCUCGAAUCUUCACAGUUUACGUUCCCAUCUGAUCGUGUCAUUGAUAUCCCAACGCUCAAGACAAUGGAGGCCUCACUUCGCAUCGCAAGCAUGCUUGGUAUCAUGGAUGAAGUGUUAGACCUCACUGCGAAUCGAGUUUUCGAUUUGUCCAGAAUCCCAGUCAACCCUGGAGAUAUUCCUGAAAACUUGCGCCCUACGCAAGCACAACUCCUCAUACCGCAUUGCCCAGUUCUUGACGUUUUACCUUUUCCAUCCCUGAGGACGAAACUCGUGUGUCUCUUCAGUCAGCCUGACGAGCUAAGACCACCAAUCGCUAGGGGUCCCAUGGCCAUUAUGCGACUGAUGCAUGAUCUUGAUGAUGAGUCGGAAGGCAUUCGCAUUGCUUUGGAUGGCAACGGGCUUGGCUACGAUGCCCGGAGCUGGGAAGUCGGACAGACCAUAUUCAAGGACUGGUGGUGGGCAUUGGAUUCUGAAAUCGUCUCGAACUCAAACCGAUUGAGGGAGCUCCGAGGCGCACCCAAACUGCAAUUGCCAGUUUCGUGA